AGAAGUUUUCUUCGAUUUUCCAACUGUAAAAGCUUGAACAAAUCACCUCGAAGUCGGAGAUGAAAUUCCCCACCACCUUUUCUUCUUCUUCUUCCUCUUCUCCUCUCCCACUUUCUGCUGCUGUAUACGAAUCAGGAAACCCUAGAACAAGAUGCCCUCGAGGCCUUUACCGCCAAGCCCAGACCCCAGUUCGGUAGUCAGGGCUAGGAUUUUGUUCCUGGCUCUUACCAUCUCGGCUUCAGUUUUGUUCUUUAUUGGUCUCGUCUUGUUCCUAUUUUAUCUCUGGUACUCCCUCGUCGACCGCUCCCGCACCAGCCCAUUCGAUUCCAGCGCUCCGCUGAAGUUGCAGAGGUUCUCUUAUAGGGAGCUGAAGUCGGUCACGAAGGAUUUCGGUGAGGCUAAUUCGAUCGGGAAAGGUGGGUCCGGGUCGGUGUUUCGGGGUAUUCUCCGUGAUGGGAAGUCCGUCGCUGUUAAGAAGCUCGAUGUGUCUUCGUUGCAGGCGGAGAGGGAGUUUCAGAAUGAGCUGCAGAUUCUCGGCGGGCUGCGGUCGCCGUUUGUUGUUUCUCUUUUGGGGUAUUGUGUUGAGAAGAAGAGGAGGUUUCUUGUGUAUGAGUAUAUGCCCAACAGGAACUUGCAGGAAUCCCUGUUUGGCGAAGGCUCUGCGUCGCCCAACUUGAAUUGGGAUCGGCGUUUUGAGAUCAUACUCGACAUUGCUCGAGCGCUUGCCUUUUUGCAUCUGGAGUGUGAUCCUCCGGUCAUUCAUGGUGAUAUAAAGCCGAGCAAUGUUCUGCUGGGUUCGGAUUACCGGGCGAAGAUUUCAGAUUUCGGGCUUUCGAGGAUUAAGACGGAAGGUGAAUUUGGGGUCGAAUUGUUCAGUCAGGAAUUGGGUCGGAGUCAGGAGCUCUGGAAAAGCCAAGAACUCUGGAAAAGCCAAGAGCUGUCUGGGAAUCCAGCUUCCGUUCCUGUACAGACUCCAACAGAUGGAACUCCAGUUGAUAGCGCUACUGAGGUAGAUUUCUCUCUCGCUUUGCAAGCUUCCUCUUCUUAUUCCAGGAGUAACAAAGUGGCUUACACUGUGAAAACCUUGAAUUCAAAUUCUUUAAAUCCCAAUAGCGGUCUUGGGAGUGAGGAUGCUCUUAAGGGUUGUUAUGGGAAGGGGAAGGAGGUGUCGCCUGUGGAGAUUGGCGGGGAGGAUUGGAACAAGUUUGUUCCUUAUGAUGAUGAACCAUGUAGUAUUGAACACAGCAAGGAAUUGAAUCUUAAUGCAUCCCUGCCCCUUGAUGACACGACAACCAGUACAAAGCAAUGGGGGAAGGAUUGGUGGUGGAAACAGGAUGGGAGUGGUGAAUUGUGUAGUAAAGAUUAUGUUAUGGAAUGGAUAGGAAGCCAGAUUUGUCCAUCCACAAACCCAGAUUGGGAUGAUGAGAAGAAAAGAUUCCCUGAUAAGACUGAACUGGAUCUUUUGACUCGGAUAGAUAAACUAGAAAUUGCAAAUGAAAACCAGUUUCAGGGACUUGGGUAUGAUUGUCCCAAUAAGAGGUCGGAGAAGAAAGAAGAAAAGAGUGGGAGAAGCUGUAACAGGAAGCAUAGGAAGAUGCAGGAGUGGUGGAAAGAAGAACACCUUGCAGAGAUAAGUAAGAAGAGCAAUAGGUUGAGGAAGCUAGAAGCUAAGUGGAAGAAGGGAUUGAAGAUCCCACAUUUUGAUCUGGGUAGGAAGUUUUGGUUUCGAAAGAGUGCUACUUUCAGGGAACAGAACGAGAUUGACUAUGACCCCAAUGUGGAAUUCAGUUUUAGAAGGGGCUGGAAGAAGAAGACCCGUUCUGCUGGUAGUGAGAUGUGGAGUGGCGAUCUCUUCAGUCGGGAGCUCAGCAGUACAACAAGCAUGAGAGGGACUGUAUGUUAUGUUGCUCCAGAAUAUGGUGGAUGUGGGUAUUUGAUGGAGAAAGCUGAUAUUUACAGCCUAGGUGUUCUGAUCCUUGUGAUUAUAUCAGGCAGAAGGCCAUUGCAUGUGCUUUCUUCACCCAUGAAGCUGGAGAGAGCAAACCUGAUAAGCUGGUGUAGGCAGCUAGCUCAGUCUGGGAACAUCUUGGAGCUAGUAGAUGAGAGAUUGAAAGACACAUACAACAAAGAUCAGGCAACCCUGUGUAUCAACCUAGCUCUCAUGUGCUUACAGAAAAUACCCGAGUUGCGGCCGGACAUUGGUGAUAUUGUGAAGAUUCUGAAAGGGGAGAUGGAUCUUCCUCCACUACCUUUUGAGUUCUCACCCUCCCCACCUUCCAAGCCCUAUGGCAGGUCAAGGAGGAAACCAAAGGCUGAUGUUGAGUAAGUGGAGGGCUCCUUGGAUCAUUUUUCAGUUUUCAUUUUUCCUCUCCAUUUUGAUUCACAACUGAAUUUAAUAUAGAACAGAUAAAUGCUACUUGCUUAUGUAAGUACUGAUGUUUCCGGAUACUGUAUGAAGGCUUGUGUGUCCUGAGAGGAAAAAUAGUGUAGUAUUCUUGAUGUACAAUAGAUGAUUGGUUUAUCUUCUUUGCCUGUUCUUAGAUGUAAAUAUGAAGGCCCUUGAGCCUACUUGAGUGCUGUUUCUGUGGCAA